AUGUUGGUAAUAUAUUGGGUAAAUUUCAAAGACAACUUUUCUCCACGUCAGGAUAUAGUAUUAGUAAUAAAAUUAAUUAAAGGAUAUUUAAAUUCAUAUAAUUUAAAUAUAGAAUCUAAAUUAAGAAAAGAAAGAUUACGUCGUAGAAUAAGAAAAUUAUCAACAAAUAAAAUCUUUGUUAGUGAUGGUGAAUUUAAACAUACUAAUGAUAAAGUAAGCAUUACAUUAUAUGUAUAUAAUAGACAAAAACUUAAUUAUUUAUUAAAAUUAAAAAAAAGAUAUACAAGUUUAUUUAAAAAAGAAAAAUUUUUAAAUAAGUUAAAAUUAAUAAGAAAAGUAGGAUUAAAUAUAUUAGAAAAACAACAAGAAAAUAUAAAAGUAUUAACAAAUGUUUUACCUAAUUAUAAUUCAAAAGUAUAUUCAAUACAAAAUCUUUAUUAUAAAGAUUUUAUAAUAAAAUCUCUUAAAAGAUUAAAAUAUUACAUGCUUUAUAAACAAUUACUUUAUAUUAAUAAAACUAAAUUUGAAUAUUCAUAUUUACAAGGUUUAAUUAAUUUAAUAAGAAAAAUCUAUAAAAAAAAUGUAGAAUUUAAUAUUAUUAAUUUAAAAUACUUUUAUUUUAAUAGUGAUAUUUUUACACAACCAUUAGUAUUAAAACUAAGAAAAGAAAGAAAACUAUUAAGAUAUCUUAAAUCUUUAGUAAAAAAAUCAAAAAUUAAUAAAAUUAAAUUAGAUGAAAGAUCAAGAUAUUUUUUUGAUUUAGAAAAUUUAUUUACUGUAAAUAAUGAUUUUGAUACUAGAAAUAAUUUCUUGAAUGAUUUUAUAAAACAAAAUAAAACAGAAUAUCUUAAAAAAGUUGUGUUAAAUAAUAUUAAAUAUAAAAGAGUAUCAGGUGUUAGAAUAGAAGGUGCAGGUAGAUUAACUAAACGUUAUACUGCUUCAAGAUCUCAACACAAAGUAAGAUAUAAAGGUAAUUUAGUAAAUGUCUACUCUUCUAUUAAAGGUUAUCCUUCAUCAAUAUUAAGAGGAAACUUAAAACCUAAUUUACAAUAUACUAAAUUAAAUUCUAAAUCUCGUAUAGGAUCUUUUGGUGUUAAAGGUUGAGUAAGCGGAAUUUAAUAAUGAUGGUAGCUACGCUGCUCCCACUACCUAAAAUAGUUAAUAAAGAUGAUGAAAUAGUCUGAACCAUUUUGAGAAAAGUGGAAAUAAAAGAAAAUCUUUUAUGAUAACAUAAAUUGAACAGGCUAAUUUGCGCAAGAGAGUACAAAUUGAGUGCGCGGUUUGGCACCUCGAUGUCGGCUUAGCUCAUCCACAUGAAUGCAAAAAUCAUGAAGGGUUCGACUGUUCGUCGAUUAAAGAGCUACAUGAGCUGGGUUUAAUACGUCGUGAGACAG